AUGCUGAAUUCAGGGAGACGUUCGUCUCGCGCCAUCCUGAUGUUCUGCUGCCUCCUCAUCGGGAACCACAUCGCAAGUUUCGUGGAGCGAGUUCAGCGCGACUAUCUCGUCCACGGCUUCGUUCACUUCUACGAGGUCGGUGAAAUUCGGACCCGCAAUGAGAACAUUGCUCAGAAGUCCGGCUUGACCAAGAACGCCGAAGAUCUGCUCCGGGUGGUCAUGAUUGACCAACCGUCAGCAGCAAGCUCCGAAGCCCAGGAGUGGAGGCAUGAAAAUCGAGGACUUGCUCUGCUGCUGACCGUGGAUACGCUCAUCCGCAAGAAAGUUCACAGAGUCAGUUCAGACCAGCGCAAGAAGUUCACCAGCUUUUCUGCCGCUUUGGUAGAGGUGUUGGACAAUAACAAGCAGCUCUGGAAUGAAGCGCCCUCGGUCAGUGUCGCCAGAGCCGAAGUCAACGGCCAAAGCCGGGAAGAACAAGGCUCGGAGGGAGUGGCAGAAGAUCACAUCGUUCAAGUCUCCGGGUGGGAGGCGCUGUCCUUUCUACAACAGCUCUUUGGGGUGGAGCUGGAUCCUCCACCUGGGGACUGGGCGGCUGCUGCCAGCCCCACGAAUGAUGAUCCGGCGGUCGCUCCGCCCGAUCGUGUGCCGGUGCUGCCUCCGGUCGACAUCGUACCGUCCCCGUUGGUGACUACACCUCGUGAUCUGGUGGACUACGUGGUCUGGCGGCAGCUCUUGGAGAUUUUGGCCCUCGGAAUAGUUUUCUUUUUGCACCGCGGCACUCCGUGCAAUACUUUCACCUCAGCUCGCAAAGAAGAUGGGGGCCCUCCUCCUCUACGCUCUGCGGCCCAGCCGCUCGGGCUGGAUGCUCUGAGUCUGGACAACGCCAACCGCCAACCUGGUCUUUUUGGGCAAUUUUUUUUUUUGGAGCGUGCAGUUCAAGCUUGCUUUUUGGUCUUCAGUUUGGGCGGAGACUUCCUGAUCGAGAACCCCCUGCUCAGCUUGCUGUGGUUGACACCUCAAUUGACCUUGCUCGUACGCCGUGGCCAUGUUCACAAGAAACUCAAGGGCAAGCUUUGGGAUCCACAGCAGGAGCGCAUGGUGUUCAAGACCAAACAGGCUCAAGAGUAUCCAUUGGCUUUGUGCGCAACGAUUGCCCAACAGAUCUUUGCUCACCAGUUCUCGCAUUUCCACAAGACUUUUCAGUUACGUGUUCCUGGCGCCGAUCGGAAGCGUGCUCUCCACUCGGCAAAGGAGUGGGCUGGCCAUCGGCAAGCCGAGACAGCCUCCAAAGCUCUGGCCGCCGGCUACCAGUUGAAGCGGGGGGCUGCCAAGCCUUUGUUCGAAAUCGAACCUCCCCUGCCGGCAGUGCUCGAAGAGGCCAUCCAUUGGGCGGCCACUGCCCCACAGAAAGUGCUCAAGUUUACGGCGGCUGCCUUGCAAUUUUGGCGCAGCAGGACAUUGGCUCUCUUGCCUACCUCCAUUCAUUGGAUCACGCAACAACCUGAUGCUGCUCUACGGAGGCUCCUGCUCGGCACUUCUGAUCCCCGCCAAGCAAGGCUGGGCGACGUGUGCCAUGUGGCUCUGUACAAAGAGAUGCUCGAGGCAGCCCGGUCAGAAGACCGCUCUUUGCACAAAUUUUUGCUCGAAGGUUUUCCCAUUGUUGGUCCUAUUCAACCAUCCGGCCGCUGGCCCCCAUUUGAGAAGGCUCAGAAGGUGCUCGCGGUCCAACAUGCUCUGAAUGGGGCCUGGGAGAUUCGGGCGAACAGAGUGCGCGGAGUUCCAGUGACUGACAAUUUGCUCAAGAUUUGGGAGGCCAUCUUGGAAGAUGUGGCAGAAGGCUCUUGCUUGGGCCCCUUCGACAGCGAAGAAGACGUCACUGAGCUCUUAGGUCAAGAUGAUUGGAUCCCUACGCAGAGGUUUGAAGUGGUCCAAAAGAAUAAAGUGCGUGGGUGCGACAGCGCCACUACGAACUUGAUCAACCAGAUCACAGAGAUCACGGAGAAGCUCCAGCUGCCAUCGACGGAUUCAAAUGUGGCAGCCCUGCGGAAGCUCCAAACAGCAGCUCCUGAUGCAGAAUUGUUCGGUUGGGUGCUCGACGAGAGGAAGGCCUAUAGGCAAGUGGCCAUUCGGCCGGAUCACCGGAAAUUUUCUGUGAUCUGCCUGAAGUCUCCAAGAGUUGGCAACCCGGCUUUCUUUGUCAUGGUAGGACACUCGUUCGGUUUGGUGUCUGCUGUGUACAACUACAACAGGCGAUCUGCUGCGAUCAACAAGAUCUUGGUUUCUUUGUUCAAGCUUGUGGCGUUUAGCUUCUAUGAUGACAAUUAA